AAGAACUUGAAGAAAGGGACGACUGCAUUGCUCCUUGUGCCGGGCCGUCUGGCAUGGCGUCAGGGGAGGGACCAUUGCAUAACCAGUCUACUUGAUUGCCCAGAUUCGUGGGAAGCUUACUUGCUGGUCGCUUCCUGCCACUGCCAGCCCUUCACAAGACCAGUAAUCGUCGAAAGCAAUCGUGCUAGCGGCCCCCCUUUUCUGCGCAUCCUAUUCAAGGGCAACCUAAGGAGUGGCAGUAUCCAGACCAUCUCAACCUCUCGUUGAUUUUAUGUUGAGAAGGGUUUCGGCAAGCCUGGCGCGGGCCCUGAGCAGACGGUGUGCAGGGCAUUCUUUCCAGUAGGUCCCGUAUACAACGGCUCGCCCCCGCUGGUGGAGUAAAAACCUGUGGCCCAAGCGGCCAAAAGCAAUGGACCAAUUGGUGAACUUUGUGAUCAGGCCGCCGAGAGCACAGUAUGAGCCCCUGGAAGACCUGCUUGGGCCGCAUUUUGCCAUCCGGGGGCGGCGCUUCCGAAGGGAUGACCUGAGCAUUGUAAACGCGCGAGGGCACCUCCUGAUGUGCAGCUUCUACCGCCCUUACUCUGUUCCAGAAGGAGUCCAGCUGCCGUGCGUCAUCUAUAACCAUGGCAACAGUGGCUGCCGCUGUGAUGCCAACGAGGCUGUGUGCAUGCUCCUUCCCUCCAACAUCACAGUGUUUGCAUAUGACUUCUCGGGCUCGGGUCUGUCGGAGGGCGAGUAUGUGAGCCUGGGCUACUAUGAAAAGGAGGACCUCAAGGCUGUGGUUGAGUACCUGCGCCUUGAGGGCAAGACCUCCAAGAUUGGCCUCUGGGGACGCUCGAUGGGCGCCCAUACCUGUUUGCAGUAUGGGGCGGGCGACCCGAGCAUCGCAGGCAUGGUGGUGGACAGCCCGUUCUCGCGGUUGCACGACCUGAUGCUGGAGCUGACGGGGACGUACCGCAUCCGCGUGCCGCGCUCCAUGGUCAAGAUGGCGCUGCAGUACAUGCGCAAGCUCAUUCAAAAGAAGGCGGCAUUUGACAUCACGGAGCUCGACGUCCUCAAGAGCGCCCCCAGCACGUUCAUCCCCGUGCUGUUCGGGCAUGCCCGGGGGGACAUGUUCAUCCCGCCACACCACUCACAGGACAUUUACAAAGAAUAUGCGGGCGACAAGAACAUCAUCGAGUUCGAGGGCGACCACAACUCGGCGCGCCCCCGCUUCUACUACGACAGCAUCAGCAUCUUCUUCAUCAAUGUGCUGCAGCCGCCCGACCUCCCCGGCGCGGCCGUCGCAGACUUUGUCGAUGACGGGGCGCCCGAGGACAUCUCCCCCGAGCAGCAAUCGCUGCUGUACGAGCUGAUGGCCCACCCCGGCGCGCACCCCCAGUACGAGGACCCCGCCACAGUAAGCCAGCUGAAAGAACUAGAGGUGGCUGCCACGCCGGACGAGGCGGCGGCGCCGUCGGAGGACGUGCUGCACCAGUCGGGCCGGCGGUGGCAGAUGACGCAGACCGUGCUCCCCAACGCGGCGACCGCGCAGGACGCGCUCUGGGAUGACGACCCGGAGAUGUCCGAGUUCCUCCGGCGACAGUCGAUGGGUGAGGACUUUGCUCCUCUGCCUUCCUCGUCGCACACAGAGGAAGAGAUGCUCAUGGCAGCAAUCGCUGCCUCGCUUGCGGAGUCGAGUCUCCGAGAUGAAUCCGGUGGGGCCCCCAUUGAAAAGAAAAACGACAGAGAGGGUGUAGAUCAACUGCUUGGGUCAACAGUCGAGAAACCUCUCACAAGCAAACAAGGUUCUGCAGCUUCGCCACAGAGAAUAGAGGUAAAGAACGGUCUCAGCGGCAAACACACGUGAUUGAUUUGUUAACUGCCUGCAUUAGAAGCAAUAGAAUAUGUACAGCCGCGGCUGAAGGACUUCCACCGAGAAGGUAACGAGUCUUGAAAGUGCAAGCGCAACUAACAUAGCGGACUCUGAUCGUGCUCAGUGAGCCUGCAAGUUGAAACGAACUUGAAUGUGUCGAAGACAAGUCACGAGACAACAAGUGCCACCUUCGAUUGAGCUUGAAGAUACUGCCUAAGUAAUGGAAGUCGAAACAAGGAUCUUCAUUGGUGUCCCUAUCUCCUCCCGAUUCGAUUCCUCGAUUUGGCCUUGUUCU